GCCUUGUCUUGCUUCAGAUAUUUUACUCAAAGACUCCUGUUAGAACAUAAGUUGCUUAAAGGGAUGAAUUUGAGUUUCUUGGUUGCCUUAUGCUUGGUCACUGUUGAGUUUUCCUUUGCAUAGGAAGAAACUGCAGUUGGCAGUAGAAAUUGUUUCACUUUCUGUUGCAUCAUUCACUUAAUAGAAACACUAGUUGACUUUCUUCAAGGAAAUUAGAUCUUUGGAUUUUAAGUUGCACACAAGCAGCCCAAGCCUGUGUUAAGCCUAGAAUUGGACCUGGAAGAAACAAUACAAAAACUUUACGUCUAUUCCCAAAUAUUGGUUUUGGUUUAAUUAUUCUUUAUAGCCUCUUUCUCUGUUGCUGAGUGUUGAUUCUCUGCACGUAGCCUGCGAUGCUCAGUUCUGCAGAGCCAGAUUAUUGCUAGGGCUCUGCUGCUUGAUGGUAUUAAUGUACAAACAGGGAAGCGCUGCUGGCUUGUGUACUGCAAAACAAGGUGAAAGUAAUGAAAGGGAGUGAAUUGUGUAUGAGAGGAUACAGAAAGCUUAUACAAAGCUUGUUCAAAGUCAGAAGUGCUUUGUAAAAUGAAGCCAUUGUAGACAAUAUUCCAAAACAGCAGUAGUUGAAUUGAAGCCUUCUGCUUUCUUGUAUUCUAAAUAGACAACUGGUAGAUUAAGGGGGGGAGGGAGGCUGCCACCUGUUUGCAUCAUCACAUCCUAAAAUUCUUUACUAGUUGAGGAUGAAGGUGGUUUAUACAUGGAGCAAUGCAUUGGUUAAGAAUAAAACCAUUGUUCUUCCCUAAAACAGCGUGUGACCCAUAACUUACUUAGCGUCUUACUUUAAAGGAUAUGUCCAUAACUUUGAAUUACAAGUUAUUUAUUAGCAGUCAUUUGCCUUCACAGUCAGUGGUAAUAAAGAUCUUCAGUGUCAACUUACAAAAUACAUGUUGUCACUUAGAAAAAUCUUCUGAUAUUACAGAAGUUCUGGAUUUUGUUGAUUGUUUCAGCUGCAUCCUUCCAGAGCCAUUACUGCACCUUCUACAGUGAGGUUCCCUUUGUGUCAAUGCAUAUAUAUGCAUUAGAAUCUAUGUAUUGUUUUAAUGGGUGGAGAAAGCAAACAGAGAUACAUAGUGAUUGAUGGCAAGAGUGAGGAAAUGAGGUGUUCCAAGUUCAAGCCAUUACUGUGGUAUACGCAGGUUGUUACACAGCCUCAUGCAGAUCCUCUGCAUCCAUUUUCAUGUGAACUUGGUGAAAUAUUAACACAUAUAAGGAGAACUAGGAUGAUAUUGUCAAUAUGCGUACACCUCUUGCGUGCAUUUAGUCAUAACUUAUUGGUGUAACAAACACUUUUCAGGCUGCUUAGUCAUGAGUUUUACUUACUUUAAUGUUGUCGGGAGGAGGAAAUUAUGAUAAAAAGAGUUCUUUUAAGCUUUAGCCAAAGUAUUUCUACCAGGAAGCACUGUGAGGGAGGCAGAGCAUUAGGAAUGAAAUGGAAUAUAACAAAGUAGAACACUGUCUCAGAUGUAACCAUGUAUUAGCUUUUAAAUGUAACUCCUUGUCCUGGGAAUUCUGUAAGGGGAGGGAAAAGGAUAUACAUAGACUUAGAGGCACUGUGUAUUAACCCUGUAUGUUAUUCUGAGGAUAACAGCUCUCUAAAGCAUCAGGAGCACUGGAAUUCCAGACAACUUGGUCUUCAGAAAUCUCAGGCUGUACAGAAAACAGCCUGGUAACUGGUGUGAAGAGGCAGCAUUGCUCACAGGCGGCUCCUUUCCUACCUUUAGUUUUGAACAAAUCUCAGUUUUUAGACAAAUCUGGUUUUAAAAAUGCUAUGAAAUCUGUUAGCAAUUUACAACAGAGCAAGCAAAAUUCAGUGUUUGUUGUUUUCUCCACCAACAUUGCUGCUAAGGAGGCAUGUAUGAUAUUGAGCCUGUUGUGUUCCUUAACUAAAAGCCAGAGAACAAAAAGAAGAGACAGUGCAAUCCAACAGAUAAAUUCCACCAUGGAAAUUCUGGGUUCAGUCCUAGUGCUCUGGGGCCUUGAGGGGAAAAAAGUGAAUUCUUCUCCUGUGCCUUUAUGCUUUUUGCAUGUUUGAAUUAGAGUCUCUUCUAAGGGAAGAUUUUCUCUCCAGUGCUUACCCAGUGUCUAAUGCCAGGGGGCCUGAUCAGUUGGUCCCAGGAGAGCAGUCAGAAAACCUCAGGAACCCAACAAAAACUGAGUGAAUGAUUGCAGCUUGUUUGGCUUUGAUUUAUUAAUUAAAUCCAAACACAAACAGCAGAUUGUGUGUUUUAUAUAAAGGAAAGGUUGUGUCUGUACAAAGCACAUGCUUGAAACAUAAAUGGGAUGUUGUACUGAUGUAAUAGCAUUCUAACAUGAGUGGUCCUGAAUUACUGCAAUCACAGUAUUUUUGUGUGCUUCUGUAAAUAGCAUCCAUCAUAUUUGAAGUAAUUUUACAAACUUUAUUUAGUUAAUUAGGGCAUUAAGGUAGAAUAGCUCUGUUUGUCUUUCCACAUGGUGCCUUCUAUGUAGGAAAAUAUGAGGUUGUGCAAAAAAGGGUGGGAGGGAUUGUAUGUGAAAUGAACAGCACAAGGGCAAGGAGACAGGCUUAGAAAAUGGAGGAAAUAGUUUGUCCAUAACAAACUAUAGCAAUAGAUGUUAAAAGAAAACCAAGUAUAAAUAUGUUCUUUUUACAUAUAUAACCAGUUAAAUCUUUUAUGUAUUGGGGGGCAUUCAGCAGCAGUGCUGGUGGCGGCUGUAAUCAUUUCAAUAGCACCAGUUCACCAUCUUACAUGUGUGGCUGCUGUUAAAUUGAUAUAUGACUUUAAGAAGAGACUUCAGUGCUAUUUCCCAGAACAACAGAUAUUAUUGUGCUGUAGCUUGAGUCUCGUACACCAAAGAGCAGGGAAGAUAGCCUGGAGCUCAACAGACUCUGGCUAAUAUACAGCUGUAGCCAACUCUCAUCCAAGGCAACACCUUAUCAACCUUUGAUUAUUUGUAGAUAGCAGCUCACAGCCUCACUUUGUCCUUACUUUAUAUUUAUUGUCAAAACACAGUAAUAGUGUAGCUGUCAGGGCAGUUCCAAGUUGGUCAUGUACCUGAAGUGCAUUUCAAUUCCCUUUUAUUCAGACCUUACUAGAGGACAGAUUGACUCUGUCUGUGAUAGACUCUUGUGUCUCAUUUUAGUUUGCUGUACGUGCAUGUCUGUGCUCAUGAAGCACACUGUAUGUCAAGUGCUUUUUGAAACUUCAGUUGUACUUCAGCCUUGUGGGAAUAUUCCUUGCUCUGUGAGUGCAAUUACAGUAAUGUCUUUGUUUGCUCUGUAUGGACUGAGCAUUCCUUAUGGAAGAACUGAGGUAAGCAGUAAGGAGCAUAUUUCUAUAUGUUGACAUGAAAGUAUGUCUUUUCUGGGUAGCUUUAUAGUGGUUUUAAAACUACCUUGCACCUCUGAGUGUGCAGAUGAGCCUGAGAAAGGACCCACCAUAUGAAGUGAGCUUAAAGUAAUCCUCUUCUGCUGGUUCUGCUGGGAUUUAAACUGUCCCACAGGUCAGUGGCUGACAGAAAUCUGCUCUGUGAUCCUGGCUCUUCACACACACUGCAAUUAAAGGGAAAAAAUACAUAUUUCAUCUAUUGAGGAUUUUGCUGAUUCAGGGCAAUGCAAAGACUUGAGUAGAGUUUCACAAUGGAGGUGAAAUCCGUCGUCCUUGGCGUGGAGGGGAUGACAUGCAAUUCCUGUGUUCAGACCAUUGAACAGCACGUUGGGAGGUUGAAUGGCAUCCAUAGCAUCAAAGUAUCUCUAGAGGAUAAGAAUGCAGUCAUCAUUUAUGACUCCAAACUGCAGACUCCAGCGACACUGCAGGAAGCAAUAUAUGACAUGGGAUUUGAUGCUACAUUAGCUGAUUCAAAUCCACAACCUCUUUUACUUGACACUAUUUUUCUUACAAUUCCUAGUCAGUCAUCUGUAACAUCUAAACAGAUUUGUAGCGUGCUGCUAAAGAGCAAAGGUGUUGUGGAUGUUAAAAUGUCCUCUGAUCAAAAAACUGCAGUGGUGACGUUCGUUCCUUCCGUUGUAAAUGGCAAACAGGUUAUGCAAAUGGUCCCAGGGGUGGAUUUAAGUAUCUCUGCACCAGAGGUUACGCCUGGGACUUGUGAAAGUUCCAGCUGGUCUCAAGCAAGUAGCCUUGUGCUGCGCCUGAAAGUAGAUGGGAUGACCUGUCACUCCUGCACCAGCACCAUCGAGGGGAAGAUUGGCAAAUUGCAGGGAAUUCAGCGGAUUAAAGUGUCCCUGGACAAUCAGGAAGCUGUUGUUGUCUACCAGCCUCAUCUGAUUACAGCAGAAGAAAUAAAGCAUCAAAUUGAAGCUGCUGGUUUCACAGCAUCUUUCAAAAAGCAGCCUAAACCCCUCAAACUCAGUGCCAUUGACUUGGAGAGGCUGAGGAAUACUCAGACCAAAGGCUCUGAGACAGCACUGAAAGAAACCUCAAGUAUGAAUGACACAAAGACAGUUGUCCUCAGGAUUGAUGGCAUGCACUGCAAUUCAUGUGUUCUCAAUAUCCAGAGCACCGUAUCAGCACUCCCAUCAGUAACAAGCAUAGUUGUUUCAUUAGAGAAGAAAUCUGCUAUCAUAAACUAUAACCCAAACUUAAUUAGCAUAGAAGUACUGAAAAGAGCCAUAGAGGCAGUGUCUCCAGAGACAUUCAGAGUCAGCCUUCCUGAGGAGUAUGACAGAGUAGCACUUUACCCCACGCUGGUGUCUACACUGAAGUCUCCUCAUCCAGCUUUGAAGGAUGCCAGCCAGCCACUUACUCAAGUUGUUGUAAUAAAUAUUGAGGGAAUGACUUGCAACUCCUGUGUGCAGUCCAUUGAGGGAGUCAUAUCCCAAAAGGCAGGUGUCAAAUCUAUUCGCGUGUCUCUCACAAACCAUAAUGGGACUAUAGAAUACGACCCUCUGCAAACAUGCCCAGAAGACUUGAGAUCUGCAGUAGAGGAUAUGGGAUUUGAUGCAUCUUUAUCAGCUCAGCCCUCUCCCGAAGUGCAGCUGGAAUCCCACAGAACUGAGCCUCUCUCCCAAGUGUCACCAGCCCAUCUUGUGAGACAAGAGACAAAGACUGUGUCGAAGUGCUAUGUCCAGGUCACAGGAAUGACAUGUGCUUCAUGUGUGGCCAACAUUGAGAGAAAUCUGAGGAGAGAAGAUGGAAUACAUUCCAUACUUGUUGCCCUAAUGGCAGGGAAGGCAGAAGUGAGGUAUAAUCCUGCUGUCAUACACCCUUCAGCAAUUGCAGAGCUCAUCCGGGAACUGGGAUUUGGAGCUACUGUGAUGGAAAACUAUGGUGAAGGAGAUGGAAUUCUGGAACUUGUUGUGAGAGGAAUGACGUGUGCUUCUUGUGUACACAAAAUAGAAUCCACCCUCAUGAAGACUAACGGUGUUUUAUAUUGCUCAGUAGCUCUGGCAACCAACAAAGCACACAUCAAAUAUGAUCCUGAGAUUAUAGGUCCUCGAGAUGUUAUACAAGUGGUAAAGGAUUUAGGCUUCACCACUUCCUUAGUCAAAAAAGAUAGAUCUGCUAGUCAUCUAGAUCACAAGCAGGAAAUAAGGCAGUGGAAAAGGUCUUUUGUUGUGAGUCUGGUUUUCUGCAUCCCUGUCAUGGGGCUGAUGAUCUACAUGAUGGUGAUGGACAGUCAACUUUCAGAUGCUCAUGCUCAUCACAACAUGAGCAGUGAGGAAAUGGAGGCUCUUCACUCCUCGAUGAUCCUGGAAUACCAGCUCCUACCAGGAUUGUCUGUUAUGAAUUUUCUGUCCUUUUUACUCUGUGUCCCAGUGCAGAUGUUUGGAGGCUGGCACUUCUAUAUCCAGGCCUACAAAGCAGUGAAGCACAAAACUGCAAACAUGGACGUGCUCAUUGUACUGGCAACCACCAUUGCCUUCGUGUACUCACUUGUUGUUCUUCUAGUUGCAAUGGCUGAGAAAGCAAAAGUGAACCCUGUAACUUUCUUUGACACACCUCCUAUGCUGUUUGUGUUCAUCUCCUUGGGCCGGUGGCUAGAGCAUGUUGCAAAGGGUAAAACAUCAGAAGCACUGGCAAGACUAAUUUCAUUACAAGCUACUGAAGCUACUAUUGUUACCUUGGGCCCCGAUAACGUUCUUUUAAGUGAAGAGCAAGUUGAUGUCGAACUGGUUCAACGAGGUGAUAUUGUCAAAGUGAUCCCAGGAGGCAAAUUCCCAGUGGAUGGUCGUGUUAUUGAAGGACACUCCAUGGUAGAUGAAUCUCUUAUCACAGGUGAAGCGAUGCCUGUGACUAAAAAACCUGGCAAUACAGUUAUUGCAGGUUCUAUUAACCAGAAUGGAUCACUGCUGAUUUCAGCAACCCAUGUCGGAGCUGAUACAACUCUGUCCCAGAUUGUUAAACUGGUGGAGGAGGCUCAGACUUCAAAGGCUCCUAUCCAGCAAUUUGCAGACAAACUUAGUGGCUACUUUGUUCCUUGUAUUGUGGCUGUCUCUGUGGUUACCCUUUUUGCCUGGAUUAUAAUUGGUUUUGUGGAUUUUGAAAUAGUAGAAAAAUAUUUUCUGGGUUACAACAAGAGCAUUUCUGCUGCCGAAGUGAUAAUCCGCUUUGCUUUCCAAGCCUCCAUCACGGUCCUGUGCAUUGCAUGUCCCUGUUCUCUGGGAUUAGCCACCCCCACGGCUGUGAUGGUUGGUACUGGAGUAGGAGCCCAGAAUGGAAUACUGAUCAAAGGAGGAGAGCCCCUGGAAAUGGCACAUAAGGUGAAAGUGGUUGUUUUUGACAAGACUGGUACUAUUACUCAUGGCACUCCAGAAGUGACACAGGUGAAGUUUCUAGUGGAGGGCAACCAACUGCCACAUAACAAAAUGCUGGCCAUAGUGGGGACUGCAGAGAGUAACAGUGAGCAUCCUCUUGGAGCAGCAAUUACAAAAUACUGCAAGAAGGAACUGGACACAGAAACCCUUGGGACAUGUACAGACUUUCAGGUAGUCCCAGGCUGUGGCAUUAGUUGUAAAGUCACCAAUAUUGAACAAUUACUCUACAGGAAAAAUAAAAUGGUUGAAGAAAACAAUUUUAAAAACGUGACACUGGUGAAAAUUGAGGAAAACAUGGAGGAAUCGGUGCAGCCUGCUUUGAUUAUUGACGCUGAGCUACCAGCUACUAGGACUUCUCAGAAAUACUCUGUUCUCAUUGGGAACCGGGAAUGGAUGAGCAGAAACGGCCUUGUUGUUAAAAAUGAGGUGGACAAAGCCAUGAUGGAACAUGAGCGGAGAGGUCGCACAGCAGUUCUAGCAGCUGUUGAUGGAGUACUUUGUGGCUUGAUAGCUAUUGCUGAUACUGUGAAACCAGAAGCUGAGCUGGCAGUCUACACUCUGAAGAGUAUGGGAUUAGAAGUUGUCCUGAUGACUGGUGACAACAGCAAAACAGCAAGAUCUAUUGCUUCUCAGGUUGGCAUCACCAAAGUGUUCGCAGAGGUUCUUCCCUCCCACAAAGUAGCCAAAGUGAAACAGCUGCAAGACGAAGGAAAGCGGGUGGCCAUGGUUGGAGAUGGCAUCAACGACUCCCCAGCUCUUGCUAUGGCCAAUGUGGGAAUUGCUAUUGGCACGGGUACUGAUGUAGCCAUUGAGGCAGCUGAUGUGGUUCUGAUUAGGGAUGACUUGAUGGAUGUGGUAGCAAGUAUAGAUCUAUCAAGGAAAACUGUGAAAAGGAUCCGGAUCAACUUUGUCUUUGCUCUAAUUUAUAAUCUCAUUGGAGUUCCCAUAGCUGCUGGUGUUUUCCUGCCCAUUGGUUUGGUUUUGCAGCCCUGGAUGGGAUCUGCAGCCAUGGCUGCCUCUUCUGUUUCUGUUGUACUUUCUUCUUUGCUGUUAAAGAUGUACCAGAAACCAAGUCCUGAGAAACUUGAGUUCCGGGCCCGUGGCCAAAUGAGACACAAGAGCCCAUCGGAAAUCAGUGUCCACAUUGGAAUUGAUGAGACUGGGACAGGCUCACCUAAACUGAGUUUAAUGGAUCGAAUCAUCAACUACAGUAGAGCCUCUAUAAACUCUCUCUUUUCAGACAAGCGUUCAGUGAACAGUGUAGUUCUUAGCGAACCGGAUAAGCAUUCACUUUUGGUGGGAGAUUUUGGAGAAGAUGAUGACACAGCAUUGUGAAGGACUUGCCCCUUCCCUCCCACCCCUGCCAAGCUAAAAAGCCGUGAAGCAAAAUGGAAAACCAGCCAAGAGAGCUGCCUGGAUAUCUGUGCAUGUACUGAUUGUUUCUGGAGGGCUCUUCAGACGUAUUUCUUCUUGCAGAAAGCUGGGGUUUUUUCAGUGACUUUCCAGGAUUGUUUCUUUGUUUGGUGGGGUUUGUUGGGUUUUGUUUUCUGUUUUUUAACAGUCAAGUUUAGUACUGUGUUAAAAAAUUACAAAUGACUGCAUCUGCAAAAUGCUGAAGGUUCUGUGUUUGCAGAUGGAUGUGCCUUACUUCAGAACUUCCAAGAAGCCUCUCAUUCCCACAGCUUGCCUUCUACCAGGUAUUGUUCCUCUCAAAUGCCUUUUGUUUAGACAUCUGAUUCCAGCUUUUCACACUCCCAGCCUCAAAUCAUCUCACUGUUUGUGAUCUGGAUUCCUGCGAGGCAGAAAUAACUUAAGAGUUUGGAGUUUGCUUUGACAUCAUAUCAGUGUUUAACUCUACACCUCCAUGCUCCAGUACACUCCUACUACUAAGACUGUCUGCUUGAAGGUUGAAUGGGUUGGGAGGUUUGCUCAUUCUCAACCUCUCCUAAGCCAAAAAUUCCUGCAGUGUCUUAAUGCAGUAUGAAUGUGAUGUAAUAUAGCAGAAAUGUUUAGCUUUUAAGACAGCAGCAAUGUAGUUAGUGCUCACUACCAGUAUCUACUAGCACUCCAUAAGUGAACCAGAAUAGACUGCUGUCACCACAGAUUGCCUUUAAAAUCUUUAUAGUUCAGUCUUUGCAGAUAUGACACCAUCAAAGAAUUAAUUAUGUCAGAUACUCCACUAACAGCAAUUGCUUGUAAAGAUACUGAGUGUAUUUAUACCAGGAAUGGUCCAGAAUCUACUCCAUAGAUCGAUCUGAACCUCCUUUGCUUGGACUGUUUAGAUCCAGGCUUUCUGAGUUAAGACAAUCUUCAUUACUGAAGUAUCAGAAUGCAGGGUUUGAUCAUUAAAUUCUUAAUAGUAAACAUAUUUUCAGUGAGGAAGAGGUGUUCAUCACCCAGUUGCUACCUACCUGUUUAUUACUUGAUAUACUUUGUUUAAAUCUCUACUGAUGUGGCUGUCUGCAGCAAUUGCUAGGUUCGGUAAUGGUGAAUUGCAUUACAAAAUACAGUUCAUGGUGUAAACAUGCAAUUCUAAUUUUUACUUGUAGAGGAGAAAUACUCAGUUUGGAGUACAAUAAGGAGAUCUCUGUAAUGUUAUAGUUUUUAACAUGAAGUCUGAUGUCAGCACAUAGAUUGUGUAUGUAAGAUUUCAUAAGUAAAUGGCUUUUGGAUUUUAUCUGAGAACAGAACAAUAGCAAUGCAUGAAAACAGAGGAGUUGUGCUAUGGAAUGUGGUUUUAGUAAAUCGGCGUGCUUGAUAUCUUGGAGUGAGGAGAACAUCAUCAUUUGUUGCUGCUACUAGUUUAAGAAACAACAUAUUUCUCUUGCAGGUUUUAGGUUCUUAAUAUCUCUAUGUGAAUGUAGAUUAUAUUUUCAAUUGGAUUAUAUUUAUCUAUGUCUAUAAAGUAGUGUUAAGAAAUGCUGAGACAGAUUACUUGCAAAGUCAUUCCAUAAGAUGAUGUUCUCAGUUUUCAGCAGCAAAGUUGUUUCUUACAAAGCAGAUAGUUACCUGGUCGUACGAUGGUAGGUUUUAUUCUUAGUGCUCUACAACUAUGUUUCCAAAGAUUUCUGUUUUCUUCUUUAUCCACACUUGUUCUCAGUGGUGUUCUUGGCAAGGUUCUGCAGAUGAAAGGGAAGUCUCUGUGUACUGUUGUCUGGAUUGUGCUGAUGGCUGGUCUUGAUCAUGCAGUGAAGACACCAGGUAGAUCCAGGCACCCCAUGCUUUCAAGAAGGGUGUUUCACUUCUGCAGGUGCUGGUUAUGGUUUGUAUAGCGUGUAAAUGGCAGGCAUCAAGUUCUUCCUGCAGGAAAUAGAGUAGUAAUUUAGAGUUAAAUUCCUGGUUUGUAGGUAAAGCAGCAUGAAUAAAUUGUUAUUUCCAAAUGUAUUUUUAGAGCACUUUGGCUUCUGCCUUUUGUUGUCCAAAUUGUAGGUAGGUUGAAUGUUUAGUGGAAUGCUGGUUUCAUUGCCAACUUUUUCCCAAUGCAGAUGUUUUUCUAGGCUUUUCCAUUUUCUCUGAAACCCGGCAUUUGUCCAUUUACAGCAAAAUAAGGUUACUUUUAAAAGCAGGAUACUUAAUGAGGUGCAAAGAGAUUAUGGGGGAAUAAGGAGCAGUAAAAUGGUGGCUGAGAGGGAGUGGGAUAGCAGCUUGUAAGUACAGUCAGAGGAUCAAACUCAGGAGAGAGGAAAUCACUAAGUAAAGACCAGUGGAUAAAUAAGGUGCUGGUGAUCAAUCUAGGCUUCAGUUGAGGUGAGGCUUUUUCACUGUAACAGCUGUUAGUCUCUGAGACAGCUUCUGUUAGAGGUGGUGUCAGUAGAAGGCAGAACACUGUUGCACUUCUGAAAGAGGCUUGUAUUAAGGGAUGCCAGGAAAAGCAGUGGUCAGGACUUUCCAACCCAGGAAAUCCAUCUCUAUCCAGUUCUCCUCUUUAGGAAAAUCUGUCUGGACUUGUCUUUUGAACUUGAAUUUAGUACUCAGUGUUUAAGUAAUGCAUAGCUGAUUAAGAAAUCCAGAGUCCAGAUCUUUGUCCAACACUCCCUGUCCAAAAGUGUGACAUUGACUCGCAGAAUGUUUAUCUUGUUCUUAAAAUAUUAUAUAAGGUGCUUUAUGUUGAAGAACCAAAUAUUGCUCAGUUUGAAUGUACAGUGCAAGUGGAGUAAUGUGGGAGCUAAAUGUGUUUUCCCAAAUGUAAAUGUUUUAAUAUGUAAAUAGUUGCUCCUGUUGGAGACAGUUUGGAUUCCUAAAUUGAAAUAUCACAUGGAAACGUGCAGUUUCACAUCCGGUUCUAUUACUGCUUUGUCUAUUUUAUUGUUUUCUGUACCUAGCUAUUUAUAAAACCUGUGCUAUAUUUAAAAAACAAAGUAUGUAUGCUCCAGGCUUUAAAGAUUGCUCCUUGAAUCUUACCAAUAAGCUUUUUAAAAGAGUAAACACUUUACAUUUUAUACAAAGAAGAGUGGGAAGCUGACACAACACAAUGGAAUCAAGAGAGCAUUUCUAUUUAUUAAAACCUGUUUAUUUUUUUGCUUAGAACUUCCAAUGGAAUGUUUUAAACCUGAUGGGUUUUUUAGUAUUCCAUUUUUGUGUGAAGAAUGGGGAAAUGAGUGUGUUGAGGAUUGUUAGAGCUGUUACAUUUCUUUAGCAAUGUGCAGUCUCACACUUCUUUUAAGACUCUGCCUCCAUCAUUGUAAUGGCAAUUAUGAACUAUAUAAUAAAAAUAUAC